CUCUUACGGAAUCGGAAGAAUCGGCUAUGUUGAAGAAGUAUAACAUUAAAGACAAGCGUCCACGCUGCCUCUUCUCAAGACCCCUCAGCGAUAGUGACGAUAGCGACUGGGCAAGCAGCGGUGAUGAGUGGCAACCUGAAUCGUCUCCUGUUUCUGGCCUGAAGGCGUUUCCUAAACGAGGUGUUUCCAAAUGUCCUCCUAAAAAUAACUGCCAAUCAUCCAAAUCCGUUGCUCCAAAAGAAAUUAAUCGUCUCAGUGUUGACUCGAAAACUUCCUCUAGAGGUCCCUUGCAAAGUGUAGACGCCUCAGGCGCCCUAAUGGAACUUCAAGACGAGGGGAGGAAUUUUCCCAAGAGAAAUAUAGCCAAGCUUAAUUACAAGGAGCCUCCGCCGGAUCCGGAAGAUGAUCGCUAUUUAUAUUGCUACGAAUGCGAUAAACUGUAUGAGGAUCCCUGCCCAACUCACCCAAUUAUGUGGAUUCGGUCAGUGAGACCGCUGAAUUGCGAUGCUGUGAAGUCGGGAAACGCCAGAGACUGCUGCUGUGGCAGCGAUGAGCGCAAUCAUGCCAAAAGAACGGCGCCAGAAGCUUUUGUUACCGUUGGACGCUCGAGCAUUAAAGGGGCUGGCUUGGGGGUGUGGGCCGAAAAGACCAUUCCCAUUGGGUCUGUGUUUGGGCCCUAUGGCGGUGAGGUCGUGCCCCUAGACGGCUUGUCUGAGGAAGAGUUCAAAAGGCGUUCUCGUUGUGGCUAUGCGUGGUUGGUUCGGGAAAACCUGAUGGGCACGAAAAGCCACCUUAUAGAUGCCGUCAAGCCGGUAAAAUCCAAUUGGCUACGGUUUGUCAACUGCGCUCGUCACGAGGAGGAACAGAACUUGGUCACGAUACAGUACAGGGGUAAAAUAUACUACCGCGCCUGCAAGUUUGCCAAGGAACUUGGAAUUCUCAGCGAACCGGUUGCCGAAGCUAAAAGCCCAGAUGGACUGAAGCCAUAUGCAUGUUCGGAAUGUGACAAGUCCUUUUCGCGUGCUGGAAGUCUUCAACGGCAUAUUGCCGCAAUUCACAAAGGUAAGUUGCUUGUGUUGUUUGCGAUAAUUGUUGACGAUUCCCAUUUUCUUGCCCGAAAAUUUUUUGUAUUUGGGAAGCGGCAUGCGAUUUUUUAUUGUAUCAUGGUUUCUCUUUGUUCUGGCUUGAGGAGUGUGUAUGCUUUGUAG